AUGCUUCCCGGAGCUGAAGGUGCUACUGGUGAUGACGCAGUUAAGGUGAUAUCUCUUUAUAAAAAGAGGACUCUAUCAUUAAAGAAGCAACUAGAUGACAUUAACCAGCAGUUGUCUCCGGACUCUCUAAGAAGCUUGGAUGAGGUGGACAUUGCUAUGUAUUUGGAAUUGGUUGAGCGCCUUCGCACGAGUUUUGACGAAGCUCAAUCCUGCCUUGAAGCUGAGGAUCAUAGCGAAUUGGCCAGUGAAGCCAGUUGGUCGUUCGCUAGGUUACACAUGGAGGUUAAAGGCAAGCUCACACGUGAACUUAAUCAUCGCAGGGCCGACGUUGCGCACUCAUCAACAGCUCGUCCAUUCGUAAUCGAUGAUGCAUCUCCAUCGUUUAUUAUUUCUCAACGCAACCGGCUUCCUGAAUUGCAAAUUCAAUACUUCAGCGGUGAAUAUACAGAGUGGCCAGACUUCAUCGCAAUGUUUAACUCGGUUAUUAACAAUUGCGCUGAGUUAAGCAAAAUUGAAAAGUUUCAACAUUUGCGGGCAAAUUUGAGAGGCGCUGCCUUGGAUACAGUUCGUUCCUUGGAGCCAAGUGAUACCAACUACGACAAGGCAUUGGACCUCUUGAAGAAACGGUUUGGCAACCGGCUACUCAACUUUCAAGCGCAUAUAAAAGAAAUUUUCGCGCUCAAAAAGGUGGAGAGCGGCUGCGCUUCUGGUCUGCGCUCGUUCAGCGACAAGCUAAACGCACAUCUGCGCUCUUUACAAACGAUGGCAACGGGGGAGCAGAUUGCUGAUGGAUUUCUCAUAUACCUGAUCUCUCAAAAGCUCGAUACAAAAUCGCAAAUCAAAUGGGAAGAAGAUCUGCCAAUAAAUUCACUUCCAACUUGGACAUCUGUGGCAACGUUCCUGAAGAAGAGGUGUCGCAUGCUAGAAAACGUGGAGGCCACAGUACCAGCAGCAAGCAGCACUUCCGUGGCAGGCAAACGUUCACCUCACGGUAACAGCAGUUCUCGAAAGGCACUUGUAACAUCUUCAAGCUUAUGUUCGUUUUGUGGUUCCACUAGUCACUGGAUUUAUGGUUGUUCUCAAUUUGGAGACUUAUCACCUGCUUCGCGUUAUAAGGAAGCCAAGCGCCUACAGUUGUGUCUCAACUGUCUUCGCCAGGGCCACACAUUAAACAAAUGCAAAUCGGGACAUUGUCGGCAAUGUACAUCAAAACAUCAUUCAUUGCUACACAUGCAUAAAGGUGAGCAACCUACAUCGCUUCGUUCGGCCGACAACACAGGCGCUGAAACGGCACCAACGUCUUCGAUGAGAGUGCAGCAAGUAGCCACAGCUGCAUCCUCAGAAAACUUUGUCUUGCUGGCAACAGCAAUUAUACAUAUCAGAAAUCGUACAGGGUGUUAUGUUCCCUGUAGCGAACUGCUCGACUCCGCCUCUCAGGUAAACUUUGUUACAUGGCGCCUGGUAAAUCAAUUAAAAUUAGAAACGAAAAAGAUAAGCACUUCCAUAUCUGGUAUUGGUGCAUCCAAUUUCGUCGCUAACAGGGCAGUUGACAUUUUCGCAAGGGCACGUAGUGAUGACUACACUUUCCCCUUUGAAGCUAUCGUCGCCAACACCAUCACCGAUCACCAACCGAACUUCGACCUAAACAUCGAUUCGUGGAACAUUCCGCCGAAUGCCAAACUCGCAGAUCCGCUUUUCUAUAAAUCGCAACGAAUUGAUGUCUUGCUGGGAGCAUCAAUAUUCUUCGAGCUAAUGUGCGUUGGCCAAAUUAAGUUAGCCAAGAACCUUCCAAUCUUACAGAAGACCAGAUUAGGAUGGUCGCUUCUGAUGGAGGACUACAUUUCCACAAAUCAUCGGCUUUAG